CGGGGGCUUUGCGGCGAGGGGUGGGCUUACGGAGCCUCGGGCUCCGGCCUCUCCUACGACGGGCCGGGAGUGAGGAUGGCUUGUGCUGUGCUGGUGACGCGGCCCGGGAAGCUGAGGUUCACGGAAGGGCAGCGGCGGGCCCAGGAUCGGCUAAAUGAGUUUAGGGCAAAAGCAGAAGUAGACGUCGGUCCAUUUCUCCUGCUCAUCUCCUCUAGUGCCUGGCCUCGAUUUCUUCCCCGCGGAAUAUGAUGCCCCAGCUCACUUGUGACCUAGAGCCAGUCGUUGCCUGUCGCAGGGCCUCCAUUUUCCUAUGAGGAAACUGAGGCUCAUAGAGGUUAAGUGACUUGGCCAAGGUCAAACAGCUAGUAAGUGGUGGAGCCAGGACUCAAACCCAGUCUAGGAGCCAUGUCCACCUUGUUUCCCUCACUCUUCCCCCGUGUGACUGAGACAUUGUGGUUUAAUCUGGAUCGACCCUGUGUGGAGGAGACAGAGCUGCAGCAGCAAGAACAACAGCAUCAGGCCUGGCUCCAGAGUAUUGCAGAGAAAGACAACAACCUGGUACCUAUUGGCAAGCCGGCCUCAGAGCACUAUGAUGAUGAAGAAGAAGAGGAUGAAGAUGAUGACGAGGAUAGUGAAGAGGACUCAGAGGAUGAUGAGGAUAUGCAGGACAUGGAUGAGAUGAAUGACUACAAUGAGUCACCAGAUGAUGGAGAGGUCAAUGAGGUGGACAUGGAAGGCAACGAACAGGAUCAGGACCAGUGGAUGAUCUAGGUAGAUAAGGCAGGGUGGCCUCAGGUAAAUUCCAGGCCAGCCCAACUUACCCUGCAUCCUCUGCAGAACCAGCUGAUUGCCCCAGUGCCUGAAAGCUCACCCUUGGGUAUCUCUUCAGCUGCUGCCAGGAAGUGGUCUUCUUGGCUCCUCCCAGGCCAUCAGUUUGCCCGUGAUUCCCCAGGGCCUGAGCCCAACCCACCUUUCUGCCUAGUACCUCACCCUUUGGUUGCCAGGUAUAAUCUCUUUCUAACUCUCUUUAAUAAAGACACAGGACUGAUUUUUUUUC